AUGUCGGAUCAACAAACAGCCAGCGAGCUGAUGGCAAAGGUGACCUCGUCAUUUACCGCGAGGUGGAACGAUGCUGGCAGCAAAGCCUCCCGCGACGGCGGCUUCUGGCAUCCCGACUCUGAGCGCGAUUUCCGACCCGUCGGCAGCGUUGGCGUCGGCAGCCACAGGGACAUCAACGGCAGCUACUCGGCGGUGCUCAUCGCGCCCAACUGUGCGGCGCAGAAGAUCAACGCCGAAGGCAUGUGCGAGUCUCCCCUGGCCAGUCCCACCGGGUACACCCAGAUCUGGACGGACGCGGGCAGCAAAGCCAAGAAGAACGGCUCCUUUUGGCGUCCAAUUCCUCCCAUUGGCUACGUGGCACUUGGAGAUGUUGCCCAGGACGGCUGGUUGCCCGCGCCGAGCGUCGGCGAUGUCUGGUGUGUGCGGAGAGACCUCGCAGUGGCAGGCAGCUUCGGCAGCCCGAGCGUCUGGGAUGACAAAAAGUCGGGUUCCAAGAAAGACGUGUCGGUCUGGGAAAUCAAAGGCGGGUAUGGCAAUAUCCAGCCCGCCGUGACACGACUUGGCGCCAUCCGCGCCAGUGAAACGUACACUGCGCCUAGCUUGAGCUUUGCCGUCGUCCCCAAAGUGUAG